GGCUGGCGGACGGCAGCGGUACGGACGCGUUGAACACGCUGGUGGAGGGGUUUCGCUUCGUGCUGUCAGCCCACCCGGCCACCCUGCGCAAGUGGUACGAGCAAGGUGACGAGCGGGACCACCCCGGAUGCCGUACUCGGGCCCUCAUGCUGCGAGGCACACCCGCGCUACGCAUGCUGCGCAGUGCUGGUGCUGCAGCCGCUGCUACUGCUGGUGUCACGGGGGCGUCAGGACAACAGCAGCAGCUCGCAGCUUUAACGACCGGCAGCAACAAUGGCGCUAGCAACGGUGGCAGCAGCAGCAGCAGCACUGCCGGCACUGCAAUCAUGAUGCACAGUACGGCAGACAACAGUCUGAGCAGCUACGAUGAGCCAGCGGAGGUGUACGAAUCGCACAACAACGGUAGCUUUGGCGGCAGCAGCAGCAGUGGAAGUGGCAGUGGCAGUGGCAGUGGCAGUGGCAGUGGCAGUGGCAGUGGCAGUGGCAGUGGUCGCGGGGGCCGCAUGCUGGCCCCCCGAGACGUGUUCCACCUGUCGCGGGGCGUGCAGCGCUCCGUGGGGUCGAUGAUGGUGGUGACUCCCUUGGGCGCCAGUCGCCACUACACGCUCAGCUAUGGCGACUUCUACGCGCGCUACACACGCGACCCCUUCUUCGCGUCCUGGCUGGCGCCCGUGCAUGCGGACAUACUGGCGCUGGUGGGGGGGGCGAGGUGGGCGGGGCAGGGGCCCUUCCCGAUCAACAGGUGGACCCGUCUGCUGCUGCUGCAGCAGCUGCUGGUGGAGGCGGUGGAGCUGCUGGACCCCGCAUGCGUGCGCGUGCCGGCGGACAGGCGGGUGGUGCUGGCGCCCGUGGCGUUCAGGCAGUCGCCCGAGCUGGAGUCUUACCGGGAACGCAUGCGGGAGAUGAGCCGACUGGAGGUGCCCUUCCUGCUGCAGGGGCAAGGGCAGGGACAGGGACAGCCGGGGACAGGGCAGCAGCAAGGGCUGGUCGCAGGCUGGAGUCAAGCUGCGGCUGGUGCUGUCGCUUCUUGGUUGCGAUGGGCGGUGACGGUGGCGGGGGGCUCCUCCCCCUCCCCUUCAGCUGCUACCGGUAUUGCCACCGAUACGACCGCUGCAGCUGCUGUCAGCAGAAGCCCGAACUCCUCAGCAGAGUCAGGAACGGGGGCAUCAACAUAGGCAGCGGCAGCAUUCCAGGGCCAUCCGGCGGGUAGCGGUGCUUGGGCGUGUGAGCUGCCUGUGAGGGCGAGCGAGGGGCAGCAACAGCAGCACGGGCGGUAGCAGCAGCAGCAGCACUAGCAAGUAGGGCAAGCAGGCAAGCAGCAGCGGCAGAGGAGUGGAGGAGUCCUGUCGCUCUUCUGUUCUGUUCUUUUCAACCUGGACUCGGGGUGCAUUCACCAUGGGGUGCAAACGUGGUAGUAGCCGGCCCAUCCCGCCCUGCCCGAAUACUGGUGGUCAAAGACCUUACGCCUCAAUAAGGGGUGAUAAGUUGAGAAGGGGGGUGGUCGCUGUAAGUCCCGAGUCAUUGUGGCCCCGUGGCGAUCAAAGAACGGAAAACACUAUCCUACAUCUCCAUUACCACUUUACCAGCUGGUUCGGGUCGUUUGGUCUCACUUUAACUCGCUCGAAGGUCAUCCAUCCUGGUCUCCUGGCAUCCAUCGAAAACAGCAACCGCAGGGGCGGGUUGCCAACAGCAGCGCCGCACGCCACCAUUCCUUCAUUCCUGGACAACCAAAACAAAACACCGACAAAGCACCGACAAACAACCUUUGGGGCAUUGAGAUGUCUUACAUACUCACAUACCAAAUCAAUCAU